AAAAAGGACUGCACAUAAAAUUUUUAUUAAUUGAAUCUUAUAUUUUGCUUAAAAUCAAAUCCGACCGUACUGAUUACGCUCCGAUUAGCUCAAUGAAAGUUGCCGGAAUGGAAUACUGCUUCCGGAAAAGAGGAAUGAGAGAGCGUUAACAAGACGAGAAGAAGAAGCUCAUUUCUAUUUCUUCUUUGUCAUCUACUAUAUUUGGGGAUAUUGCCGAGAGUUGAGUUUUUGUGUUGCAUAUUAUCAUAGUUGGAGAAUAGAAAUGUCAGAACCCAUGGUAAGAGUGAUUCGAGGUGGUCUUGUCAGGCUUAUUCACUACUGUCAGCUGUCAAAACCAAUUCGCACCCCUUCGUCUUCUUCAAAUCCAAAUAAUGCCUUUGCCUCUUCUGUUCGAGCUUACUCGUCUUCUCUUUCACCCGUCAAUUCAAGGACUUCCAUGAUCUCUCAAUUCCAUUCAAGGCCCACUUCCUCAAAAGCCGUCAAUCCUAACACAUCGUCUUUAUCUCCCAGAAGCUUGCUUUUUUUCACGAUUAAACCAGGUCAUAGCUCUAUAUCUGGUGCUGGGUUUGGGGUUAGGUUAUUCUCCACGAAUCCGGACCUGGGCAAAAGGGUUUUCCGGGAGAAGCCCGCCACAGCUCUUACUUCCACAUUCUCCCGCUAUCGCGAAGCUAUUGGGUUGCAAAUUGAGGCUUUCUUGAGGAGAAACUCUCUGAUUCUCAUUGGGGCCGGAGGACUUUUAGUUUGUGCUUUGCUCUGGAGGAUUAUGUUUGGGAUAGCAAACACCUUCGUUGGCCUCUCCGAAGGCAUGGCCAAGUAUGGCUUUCUCGCCCUCUCUUCGGCUAUCGUUGCUUUCGCAGGCCUUUAUCUCCGGUCAAGAUCCAUAGUCAAUCCUGAUAAAAUUUAUCGAAUGGCCAUGAGGAGGCUUAAUACAUCUGCUGGGAUCCUAGAGGUUAUGGGUGCGCCUCUUACUGGAACAGAUUUGAGAGCCUAUGUGAUGUCAGGAGGUGGGCUUACACUAAAGAACUUCAGGCCACGUUUUAGGAGCAAGCGGUGUUUUCUCAUCUUUCCCGUACAAGGUUCGGAGAGAAAAGGUCUCGUCAGCGUUGAAGUGAAGAAUAAAAAAGGCCAGUAUGAUUUGAAGCUUUUGGCAGUCGACAUUCCCAUGGCAUCAGGACCUGACCAACGAUUAUUUCUGAUUGGUGAUGAAGAAGAGUAUAAGGUUGGUGGUGGACUAAUAUCUGAGCUACGAGACCCUAUUGUGAAAGCGAUGGCAGCAAGCAAAGAGUUUGAUGAUCUUGACCAAAUUGAAGAAGAGGAAGAUGCUGAAAGAGAACGCCAGGAGGGAGAAAGGAGACACCAAGAAGAAAUUGAGAAGCUUGAAAAAGGUGGCUCGCACUAAUUGCUUCUUAAGAUUUUGUUCCAACCUGUCCAUGCUGUUCUGUUUAGUUUCACCACACGAGCUUUUGAAAGAAUUAUUGAGGUUUAGACUAGCUCAGGCAAAUGAUAUCAGGUGCCUCGCAUCUGUAUCAGAGUUGCAUUAUACUCAUCUUGUGCUUCUAUUGUCAUCUUUGGCUUUGGGAAUUCCAUAAAUUUUUGUGUUAAAAUCGAGAUGGCCCGACUGAGAUAAAGCAGUUGAGGCAACAUGCCUGACAACUGACUUUGAAAUUAACUUUUGGCAAUUCCUGAUCAUCUUUCCUUGAAGGAAUUACAUCAAAAUUUACCUCUCA